UGAAUAUGAUUCAAUGAAGUAGCGUUUGUUUUGUACCGUUUGUGCUAGAUUCAUCACAUUAACAAUAACAAUGAAACACUAAACGUGUCUUCUGUAAGAGAGACACGAACCUACCCGUCCAUCCAGACAUCUGUCAUGGAUCCCUCUCAGAACCCUUUGUUUCUUUCUAAAUCUACCCCCAAAGUUUAUGGUUUUGUAUUUCAUCGAUAUUCAUUCUGUAAAAUAUGUGGAUGGUCUAAAGCGAAAUUACUAUUUUUAUUAAUUUACACUUUUUUUAUUGAUUGGUUUAUUUAUCCUUGCAGUUGCAGGAAAAGAUGCGUGUGAAUUGUUUGCUUGUUUUUAACCACGCAAAUUUUAAUUUUACUAGAGUAUUUGGGAAUCAAGUUAGUUUUAUAGGGAUGGACAAUGAUCGUCCCUGCACGUGGACAUGCAUGUCUUUACCGAUUUCCCCGAGAACAUUACCACCUGCGACUACAACCUUGGAUUAAAUUAAGAAAAUUAUAAUAAUUGCGCACAGCGUACAAACAAAACAAGAGACGUAAUUUAGAGGAAAAUCAUUAAUAAAUAAACAGAUAGGAGUAUUAUUAUUACUACCACUACUAAAUAAUGUCAAGUAUUCGGGGUGGUUCACAUUAGGGAAACCUACAACAUCGGUUUGAGUCAACAAGUGUUAUGUGUUACGCAAUAGAUUUGAUGAAAAGGGGUUGUUGAAGUGGAGAAGAGGAUAGUGCGUUUUUAUGUGGAGUGAACCCAUUUGCCAGCACACACACAAGACCCGACCAUGGCACUCUCGUGAGAGAAACGAAAGGGGAAAUUUUUUUUAUGGCGUGUACCUUACUUACCCUACGCACUUCCUCUCUCUUAUCCUACACCAUCCAUUAUCUUAGUCCACUCACCAGUAUCCCCAAUUUCCAAGGGGAUCCCUCCUUCCUUUUCCUUCCGCUGCAAUUUGUAUUGUGCAGUUAAACGAUAACCAACGUCUAAUGUUAAAUGCUGCACGUCGAGGCAGUUUCAGCGAGUUUCUCUCACCCAUUACCCCAAAUGUUGCUGCCGCGUCCUGAUCUGCUUGGAUUUGGGCUUUAUUUGAUGAGAAAAACAUACCCACUUGGGUGUGAUUGCAAAAUUCCUUCUCCAACAGAUCUGAGUCUCUGUAAAGAUCAGAUUUACAGCACGGAAAAGGAUCUCCUUUCUAGAUAAUUUGGUGAAGGCGGGACACAUGAUUGGCAAGGCUGCUGAAUCUUGUUAGCUUGAUGAAAUUUCCAAUCAAUGUCGUCUGUUAAUUAGGGUGAAUGGAUGUAUGUGAAUCAGGGAAGAACAAAACUCCAGAGACCCCAAGAGUAAGACCACCCUCGGUUCUGGCAGAAAAGAACAAUGCAGAAAAGACCACCAGACGCUCAAGAACAAGGGAAAUUAGUUCUAGAUACAAAUCCCCUACUCCUGCUAGCCCUUCUGCUCCUCGUAGAUGCCCUUCACCAAACCUUACAAGAACAACGCCUGCGUCAUCCUCUCACUUGUUUCCAAAGAGGUCUCUCUCCACAGAAAGGAAGAGGCCCUCAACUCCGACUUCCCCAACGCCACAAAGACCUUCUACGCCUGUAUCUGUUGAUGGGAAAUUGUCAUCCAGAAGACUAUCGGGUACCCGUUUGCCGGACAGUCUAUGGCCUUCCACUAUGCGAAGUCUGAGUGUUUCUUUCCAGUCAGAUACCAUUUCCAUACCUGUUAGCAAGAAAGAGAAGCCCGUUGUUAGUGCUUCAGACCGCACUCUGCGCCCGGCUUCAAAUGUGGCACACAAGCAGCCUGAAACUCCAACCAUAAGAAAGCCUACGCCAGAGAGAAAGAAAAGUCCCCUUAAAGGGAAGAAUGCUUCUGAUCAGUCUGAGAAUUCAAAACCACUUGAUAGCUUGUCUUCUCGGUUAAUAGAUCAGCAUCGGUGGCCAAAUAGAAUAGGUGGGAAGGUAUCUUCUAAUGCAUUAAACAGAAGUGUUGAUUGUGCUGAUAUCAGAACGUUGAACACUUCAGUUCCGGGAACUGGUGUUUCUUCACUGAGAAGAUUGUCAUUGUCUAUAUCAGGUGAAUCCAGUAAACCCUUCCAAAGGGCUUCUAAUGACGCUGUAAGGCUAUUGUCGCUUGUUGGAAGUGGCAGAAUAGGAAGUGAGGUGAAAUCAGUUGAUGACUGUUUGCCACAAGAACUAAGACCUCACAAAUCUUUUGCUGCAACUCCAACCGAUAAAGCAGGACUUGCAUUUGCUGGAGUCAGAUCUCAGUCCUUGUUUGCUCCUGGAUCACGACUGCCCUCACCUAGUAGGACCUCAGUGCUAUCCUCUUCUAGUUCAAGAGGUGUCAGUCCAUCUAGGUCAAGACCAUCAACUCCUCCUUCUAGGGGGGUUAGUCCAUCUCGAAUUAGACCAACCAAUUCAUCCAUUCAAUCAAACAAUUCAAUUUCAGUGCUCAGCUUUAUUGCUGAUUUUAAAAAAGGGAAAAAGGGUGCAGCCUACAUAGAAGAUGCUCACCAAUUACGUCUUCUCUACAACAGAUACUUGCAAUGGAGGUUUGUCAAUGCAAGAGCUGAGGCUGUACUUUAUAUCCAAAAUGCAAUUGUGGAGAAAACUCUAUAUAAUGUAUGGAUUACUACUUUGUCCCUGUGGGAGUCUGUUAUUAGGAAGAGGAUCAAUCUUCAGCAGCUGAAGCUCGAACUUAAGCUGAACUCUGUUAUGAAUGAUCAAAUGACUUACCUUGAUGAUUGGGCUGUACUUGAAAGAGAUCAUAUUGAUGCUGUAUCUAAGGCUGUGGAAGACUUGGAGGCCAGCACUCUUCGUCUUCCUGUAACUGGAGGAGCAAUGUCAGAUAUUGAGCAUUUGAAGGUUGCUAUCUGUCAAGCUGUUGAUGUUAUGCAAGCAAUGGCAUCUGCAAUCUGCUCUUUGCUCUCGCAGGUUGAGGGCAUGAACAAUUUAAUUUCUGAAGUUGCUGCCAUAGCAGUGCAAGAAAAGACCAUGCUUGAUGAAUGUGAAAUGCUACUGGCUUCAGUAGCAGCUAUGCAGGUUGAGGAAAGUAGCCUUCGGACGCAUCUUAUGCAAAUCAUGCAAGCUUUGGGGAUGAGCAAGUAAUCAAUUUCGAAAAUUUAAACAAGCACGAACCACACCUGCCGCCAAGCUAACAAGUAAUAACUUAUCUCUUGCGGCUUCAGCCUUAGUAUCCAUCAGUAUCUAAUAUCUUUCAGGUUCUUUACCUUUGUAAAUUUUCAAAUAGUUUUUUUUUUCCGGUUAAAUAUGCUGGAAUUGAUAUUGUUUUAUUACCCUUGUUUUUUUCUUCAUCUUAUUCCCCCAAUACUAGAGCUGUAGGUUUCCACUUGUAAUUUUGUAUCAGGCAAAGAAAAAGAAAAAGAAAAGCAAUGAGCAAAUAUCUUCCAAAUUUAAGUUUUGCUAUUAUCAUAUUUAUCAACAGCUUUGUAAUUUUAUAGCAGAAGUUUCUCAGCAUGGCUGAGGUUAUAUAUUAUACAAACUGGCUUAUUGCAAGUGAACUGAAUAAUAUUGCAUAGA